AUGGCUCCAGCAAUUGGUAUUGAUCUGGGCACCACCUACUCCUGCGUGGGUAUCUUCCGUGAUGACCGCAUUGAAAUCAUCGCCAACGACCAGGGUAACCGCACAACCCCCUCGUUCGUUGCUUUCACAGAUACCGAGCGUUUGAUCGGAGAUGCUGCAAAGAAUCAAGUCGCCAUGAACCCCACCAACACUGUCUUCGAUGCCAAGCGUCUUAUCGGUCGUAAAUUCGCCGAUGCUGAAGUCCAGGCCGACAUGAAGCACUUCCCAUUCAAGAUUAUCGACAAGGCUGGAAAGCCAGUCAUCCAGAUUGAAUUCAAGGGCGAGACCAAGCAGUUCACUCCAGAGGAAAUCUCUUCCAUGGUCUUGACCAAGAUGAGAGAAACUGCCGAGUCUUACCUCGGUGGCACCGUUAACAAUGCCGUCGUCACUGUCCCGGCCUACUUCAACGACUCCCAGCGUCAGGCUACCAAGGAUGCCGGUCUCAUUGCUGGUCUCAACGUUCUUCGUAUCAUCAACGAGCCUACUGCCGCUGCUAUCGCCUAUGGAUUGGACAAGAAGACCGAGGGUGAGCGCAACGUCUUGAUCUUCGAUUUGGGUGGUGGUACUUUCGAUGUCUCCCUCUUGACCAUUGAGGAGGGUAUUUUCGAAGUCAAGUCCACCGCUGGUGACACUCACUUGGGUGGUGAGGACUUUGACAACCGCCUUGUCAACCAUUUUGUCAACGAAUUCAAGCGCAAGCACAAGAAAGAUCUCUCCUCCAAUGCUCGUGCUCUCCGUCGUCUCCGCACUGCUUGCGAGCGUGCCAAGCGCACUCUUUCUUCCGCUGCCCAGACCUCCAUCGAGAUCGACUCUCUCUUUGAGGGUAUCGAUUUCUACACUUCCAUCACUCGUGCUCGUUUCGAAGAGCUUUGCCAGGACCUCUUCCGUUCCACAAUGGAGCCUGUCGAGCGUGUCCUCCGUGAUGCCAAGACCGACAAGUCCUCUGUUCACGAAAUCGUCUUGGUCGGCGGUUCUACUCGUAUUCCCAAGAUUCAAAAGAUGGUUUCCGACUUCUUCAAUGGAAAGGAGCCCAACAAGUCCAUCAACCCCGACGAAGCCGUCGCUUACGGUGCCGCUGUCCAAGCUGCUAUCCUGUCUGGUGACACAUCUUCCAAGUCCACCAACGAAAUCCUCCUCCUUGACGUCGCCCCUCUUUCCCUGGGUAUCGAAACUGCUGGUGGUGUCAUGACUCCUCUCAUCAAGCGUAACACCACUAUUCCCACCAAGAAGUCCGAGACUUUCUCUACUUUCUCCGACAACCAGCCUGGUGUGUUGAUCCAGGUCUAUGAAGGUGAACGUGCUCGCACCAAGGACAACAACUUGCUCGGCAAAUUCGAACUUACCGGCAUUCCUCCCGCACCCCGUGGUGUUCCCCAGAUUGAGGUCACUUUCGAUCUCGACGCCAACGGUAUCAUGAACGUCUCCGCCCUCGAGAAGGGUACUGGAAAGACCAACAAGAUUGUCAUCACCAACGACAAGGGCCGUCUCUCCAAGGAAGAAAUCGAGCGCAUGUUGGCUGAGGCUGAGAAAUACAAGGCUGAAGAUGAGGCUGAAGCUGCACGUAUUGCUGCCAAGAACGGGCUUGAGUCCUAUGCUUAUUCCCUCCGCAACACCAUGAGCGACUCCAAGGUUGAAGAGAAGCUCGACGCUGGCGACAAAGAGAAGCUCAAGUCCGAGGUCGACAAGAUUGUUGCCUGGCUCGAUGACAACCAGACUGCUACCAAGGAAGAGUAUGAAGACAGACAGAAGGAGCUUGAAGGUGUUGCCAACCCCAUCAUGAUGAAGAUCUACGGAGCUGGUGAAGGUGGUGCUCCAGGUGGAUUCCCCGGUGCCGGUGGACCUGGUGGAUUCCCAGGCGGUGCUGCUCCUGGCGGUCAUGGAGGUGAUGACGGCCCAACCGUCGAGGAGGUCGACUAA